AUGCAAAAGAAUAGUCCUAUUUCUCAGCAACUUCGCCGGAAAUCGGAAAGCAAGAAUCGGAAAGUUUCGUGUUGUAUUUUUUCGGUUUGCAAUGACUUGCUCGCAAAUUCAGAUGGGAAUCGGUGGCUAACCGGAAAGUUGCUUUUGCAGGCGGCACCAGAUGAGCCAUGGCUGAAAAACGUUUCCAUCGUUGGCGUGAAACAAAUCGAUCGGAUUGUAGAGGUGGUUGAAGAAACGCUGAAAGGAAACACAGUACGGCUUUUGAGUCGGAAACGUCCAGAUGCAGGCCUGUCCCUACCGAAGAUGCGAAAGAAUGAGCUUGUAGAGGUCUUAGCGAUAAACACAGGCUGCCUCAAUCACUGCACUUACUGUAAGACGAAAAUGGCAAGAGGAGAUUUGAAAAGCUACCCUAUAGAGGAGCUUGUUGAACAGGCCGAUCGGCUUGUCAAAGAAGUGUGCUCACUUUCAGAGGAUAUUUGGGCCGCCUGGGGCAGGGACAUCGACAUGGUUCUUCCCGACCUGCUAAAUGAACUGGUGAAAGUAAUUCCCGAUGGAUGCAUGAUGCGGUUAGGAAUGACGAAUCCGCCUUACAUACUUGAUUACUUGGAAGAAAUCGCGGCAGUGCUGAAUCACCCACGAGUCUAUUCAUUCCUUCACAUUCCUGUACAAUCGGGUAGUGACGCGGUAUUACGUGAUAUGAAACGAGAAUAUUCAAGUCAUCACUUCAGAAUGAUUAUGGAUUUCAUGUUGAAAAAGUGGGUCGAUUUUUCAAAUUGA